AGUUGUUCAAACAAUGUUGAUACAAGCUAGCAAUCAUUAACCAGCUGACUAGCUAAUAAUAAGUUAGCAUCAGCUAACGUUAGCUAGAAACCUGUUGAGCCCUGGAUUGUCGAAAAGAUGGGACUAGCUAGCUAAACGCUAGAGCUCACAGAAGCUCAACUGACUCUAUGAAAAAGAGAGGUCGAACUUCAUACCUUUGAUUUUUGUAACGUUAACGCGUUUAUUAGGGAGAAAUCGCAGCCAUUCCAAAUUGUUGUUGAGUUUUUCAGUUCCAAGGAGCGGUUUCCCGUUCGUAGCGCACUCGCUUCUUGCGCGUCCCCGUGGUUCGCAAGAGAAUGUGACGUCACCCGCGCGUUCAUAUUCACAUUGUACAUGGUUGGAUGAUUAAAAAUAUAUAUACACAAAAGAGAGAAAAUAAUGACCCUCCACCUUUCUUUCUAAUGUCUUGCAGGGUGAUGUCCAGAUCCACAUGAUCUAUAAAUCAGCAGGAGAAGAGGCAGCCGCUUACUUCCUUCCUAAUGUUGACCUCCCAGAGCCUCCUUUCCCCAGCCCUCCAUUUCCUGGGUCAAAGGUCGUCCACAGGAGGAAGAAGAGACAGGCCCCGCGGGUUGGAGGCAGUGUGGCCGAGGAGACCAAGUACAUCGAGCUGAUGGUGAUCAAUGACCAUCUGAUGUAUAAAAAGCAUCGUCUCUCUGUUGGUCAGACGAAUAACUACGCUAAGUCUGUGGUCAAUAUGGCUGAUAUGAUCUUCAAGGAGCAGCUCAACACCCGCAUCGUGCUGGUUGCCAUGGAGACGUGGGCGGCUGACAACCGGUUCAACAUCGACGACGACCCCAUGGUGACCUUGAGGGAGUUCAUGAAGUACAGACGAGACUUCAUCAAGGAGAAGUGUGACUCCGUGCAUCUUUUCUCAGGGAACCGGUUCCAUAGCAGCUGGGGAGGAGCUUCCUAUAUGGGAGGAGUCUGUUCUCUAACUAAAGGAGGAGGAGUCAACGAGUAUGGCAAGACAGAUGAGAUGGCCAUAACCCUGGCCCAGUCUCUGGGACAAAACAUUGGCAUCUUUUCUGACAAGAAGAGGAUCCUCAACGGCGAGUGCAAGUGUGAUGACCGUUGGUCUGGCUGCAUCAUGGAUGAUGUUGGCUUCUACCUGCCCAAGAGGUUCUCCAACUGCAACGUGGAGGAGUACCAUACCUUCCUCAACAGUGGUGGUGGAGCCUGUCUCUUCAACAAACCCAUAAAGCUGGUUGACCCUCCAGAGUGUGGGAAUGGUUUGGUGGAGCCAGGGGAGGAGUGUGACUGUGGCAGCCCAGCGGAGUGUGAGAGGGAGGGAGAGAAGUGCUGUCAGAAGUGUACACUCACACAAGGCUCAAAGUGUAGCGACGGACUCUGCUGUAACAACUGUCAGAUGGAGUUUAUGGGCGUGGUGUGUAGGGAGGCAGUGAAUGACUGUGAUAUUCCAGAGAACUGCACUGGUAACUCCAGCCAGUGUCCCCCAAACGUGCACAAGAUGGACGGCUACUCAUGUGAAAAGGAACAGGGUCGUUGCUUCAACGGGAGGUGCAAGACCAAAGACAGACAGUGCAAGUACCUGUGGGGAGAGAAGGCGACCGCUGCUGAAAAGUUCUGUUAUGAGAAGUUGAACAUCGAGGGGACAGAGAAGGGGAACUGUGGGAAGGACAAAGACACAUGGGUCCAAUGCAACAAGCAAGACGUGCAUUGUGGGUACCUGCUAUGUUCCAACAUAUCGCCGGCCCCCCGACUAGGAGAGUUGCAGGGGGGACUGACGUCCUUCUCUGUUGCACAGCACAGCGCCUCGCUGGACUGCAGUGGCGGUCAUGUGAUGAUAGACGGGGACAGUGACCUGGGCUAUGUGGAGGAUGGGACAGCCUGUGGGACAGAAAGGGUCUGCUUCAACCACAAGUGUCUGCCCCUUCAGGAGUUCAACUUCAGCACCUGCCCUGGAACCACCGAGAAGACCAUCUGUUCUGGACACGGGAUUUGUAGUAACGAGCUGAAGUGUGUGUGUCACUUGGGUUGGACUGGAGACGAUUGUAACUCCACAUCUCCUCUCAGCUACCUGGUGGUUGGACCCACCGCCUCUGUAUCAGGUAUCACCAGUACUAACAUCAUCAUCGGAGCCAUCUCUGGCUCCAUUCUGUUCCUGGCUCUCAUCCUGGCCAUCACCGCCUGGGGAUACAAGAGCUACAGACAGCGGUGCUACGUUGAGUCAGAGGUUCACAGAAGAUUCUGCAGGCAAAUGCCUCCGGGUGACUAUGUGAAGAAACCCGGGGAUGCAGACUCGUUCUACAGUGACCUGGCCCCUGGGGUCAGCACCAACUCAGGCUGUAGCUCCAAGAAGAGGUCUGGCUGUCUGUCUAACCUGCAGAUAUACACGCUCUCUUUCCCCCCCUCCAUCGCCUCCAUCUCACAAAACAUCUCUCUGUUUGCAUUCAGGUCUAACGGUCUGUCCCACUCGUGGAGCGAGCGAAUCCCUGACGCCAAACACAUCUCUGACAUUUGUGAGAACGGGCGACCCAGGAGCAACUCAUGGCAAGGAAAUCUGAGUGGAAAUCGCAAGAAGUCGAAAGGGAAGAAGUUCCGUCCUCGCUCCAACUCUACAGAGACGCUCUCCCCGGCGAAGUCGCCCACCUCCUCCACGGGGUCCAUUGCAUCCAGCCGGAGGUACCCUUACCCCAUGCCCCCCCUCCCCGACGACCAGAGGAAGGCCAACAGGCAGAGUGCCAGGCUGUGGGAGACUUCAAUAUAACACUCCUGUUAUCUACUCUGCAAAACUACUUAAGAACUACAUUUUCGUCCACUUUUCUAUGAAUUAAAAAAUACAAAGCAAAACAAAAUGACGAAAAAAGUGAGCAACUGGUAUGAGCGGAAAAUAGAAGCGGAGGAAGAUGAAGAGGAGGGUGUGAGAGUGUGUGAGAAUGUGUGAGAGUGUGUGCGAGGUCCGUCAGAGCUGACCUGCUCAGUAGGGGACGCUACAGGGGCCAUCUGUCAUUCCUACACUGACAAGCCAAGACAGAACGAGGCAAGACAAGAUCCCUUUCAGAUUAGUUGGAGAUCCACCAGAGAUCAGCCCUUCACUCAUUGGUGAGGAAAAAGCAAAGCUGUUGUGAUGGUAACGGUGCAGACAGAGAGGAGAGGCCUCGUUGGGGAUGUCUCCCCCACUCCCAACACCCCAACAUCCCCCCAGCUUCCACCACACUCUUCUAGCUCCUCCCUCAAACUGUCCCACCUUACCUUACUCACCUCUCCCCCCAACCCCCCUCUAGCCCUGCCCCCAUGUAAACUCUCUCCUCUGAUUGGUGCUCCUCUCUGUUGAGGGGCGCGGACAGCUAUCAUAUCGGCAGAUUUCUUUACCAUUUUGAAGCACGCUGUUUAAUUACUGUAGAAAACUCCAACACUGUAUGCAUGAGAACCCCCUGUUAAUCAACUCUUCCUAGUGUCAUAAAGAAGAAGAAGUCUGGGACGGACAGCAUGCGGGGGAUGGUGAUGUCAUACGUACUGUAGGCCUUUAAGCUUUCUUUACAUUAUAGGCUUCUUCUAUCUCUGUGAUCAGCGACUCAUUAUGAACUGCAUCACACAUUAUACUAGCCAACUGCCCCUGACAUGGACCCUAGACCCUAGCCACUCCCUGUUCUCUUUCUUUCGCCGUGUCAGCUUUUCCUGAGGGAUCUAGUUAUCGUUGUAAAUAUGUACAGCUUAAAGGCAGAGUAAUGUGUGCUUUUCUUUUUUAUUUACUGAGAGGUGAAUGAUGAAGGGAUGCUCCCCCUCUUCUCUACUCCUCCUGCAGUGGUUCGUGUUAUAGACAGACAGGGUCUCCGUAGGUCUUUGUAGAGACCCCGUACUUGUUUUUUCUGUCUGUUUCUCUCUUUUCAUUUCUGACUGAACUCUCUUCUCUCCCGUGUGGCUGUGUGAACACUCCAGCUUUCUUUUUCUUCCACAGCAGAAUGUACAAACAGUGUUCUGUAUUUCCUCUUUGUGUCAUCCCUUUCUCUGAGUAAUGCACACAGUCACAGCCCGUCAUAAUUAAGACAGUAAACUUAAGAAUGUCAUUGAUUUAUAACAUUACUGAGCAUUUUAUCCAUUUGGAUAUUGAUAACGGUGAAUAUGAUUUGAACUAAGAUAGUCCCAUGAGCCCUUCCUCGCUACAAAGGGGAGAGAACAAGUGUUUUUUUGUAGUUUUAGAUGUGAUAUACAUGUUCAUUUGGCCAUGGUGGUUUAGAGAAGUUGGAGAAAUGUCCUGUGACUAUAAUCAUUCCACACUACGGUCUGUGUGUACAGCAGGGACAGACUGGCCAUCUGGCAUUUUGGGCAAAUGCAAGACGGCCUGGUCCAUUUUUAACACAGUGGGCCUGUCUUACUUGUUUUUUGGGGGGGCAAAAUGAUAAUUAUCUUGCUAAUAAUGGGGGCCUCGAGGAAAGAAAUGGGCCGUUGUGUUUAAAAUGCCAGAGCCGAUUUCUGGUCCCAGUCCGCCCCUGGUGUACAGUGUGAGACCAGACAUAACAGAUAGAUACAACUGGAACCGACAACGCCACUGAGAUCCAACUGGACAAUGUGGACAUUGUGUCAGAUGAAUUUGGAUUUGGGAUUUGUUUGGAUAAAAUUACUAAAAUGUGCAUUUUUGCUUUUGUUUUGUUUCCUACUGUAAGUUUGCCCUGCUGUCUGUAAAUGAUGAAGUGUCCUGUACAGUGCUUGCUGUUUGAGAUUUAUAAGACCAACAGAAUGACAAUGGAUCUACUAGCUAGCACACUAUCGCUGUUCUGUAGUAAUCUGUCUGUGAGGCUGUAUUACGAAAUAAGCAUGUCAUUGAAAUACUUUUUCCUUGAUUGCCAAUUGCUGUUAUCUUCUUGGAAUUUCAUACCACAAACCCCAUUCCAGUAGUGAACAGGUUUUCAACAUAAUCAACCAAGUCUCAAACAUUUUCAUGAAUGGCCCGAGGAAUCUAGUGGUUUAAAUGUGGCUUAAGAUUCAGGUUCAGGUUCUUACCUACUCAGAGUAGGAUAAAGUGUCCCUAGUCACUGAUCCAAGGUCAGUUUUGUAUCUUACCCCCCUGAUGGUAAAUGUUGUGAAUUGGGGAGUGGAAAGCUGAUCUUAGAUCUGUGGCUAAAGGGAAACAUAUUUGUACAGAAGUCACAACCCCCAUCCUGUAGUUACUGUACUGUCCAUAUCAGUUAAGCCUGCUGUAUGUUAACUGCGUAUGCUUAAGUUUCAAAUGUGGGCACUGAUCGUUUUGAUUUUCUACUGUAUGCACUAUGACUGCAUAGAUAUUAAGAUCACCACAAUAUCACAUUAAUAUUGCUACUGUAUGACAAGUCUCAAGUAUUUUUUUUUACUCUUAAGUUCCUUUAUAUGUUCACUUCUCAGUGUUGUGUACAGCCGUUAUUCAGACAGACCAACUGCAUUAUUGUUCUUCUGUGCGUUGAGCGGAAUGGAGAUAUGAUGCGGCCAUUUUAGUUUUUUAAAGCACACACUAGUCUCGGACCGCUCUGGCAUGUGAAGAUCUGUACGUGUCUUCUAUGGUAUGAGGAUGGGACGCAGCUAUGGCAACAUGGGGUGCAUUAUGCUAUAGAGAUCUGUGCAGGUGAACGCAUGUUGACUAAAGCUCUCAUCAUCACUCUUGUCUUAUUUCAAUUACGAUAUGAUUGGCUGGUGCUUAGUAACUUGAGUUUUGACCAAGGGAUUCCCUAGGCCGUGGUAAUAUGAAAAUAAAGGAUCAUACUUCUCAAGCAAUAUUUUAAAUAUCAUACUGUCUUAAUUCUGACAUCUAUGAUAAUUUACCUGCAGGUCAUAGGAUUGAGGUAUAUUAGACGUUAGGAUGGUGGCAGGUGGAACCUGUCCAGGUAACAAGAUGUAACUUGUCUGAUGUGUGUUAUCUGUAUUAGUGGCUUGACUGACGUAACCCAACCGGACCCACAGAGAAACGUCCAAACGCACACAAAGUAUGGACAGAUUCUUAAAUGUAUCAAUACAACCAAGCACCAACCACCCAGCCGUAGCCUGUGGAGAAGUAGGUUAUAUCAGGCCUCUGAAUGCACCAUGCAGUCUAUUGAGAAGUAGGUUAUAUCAGGCCUCUGAACGCACCAUGCAGUCUAUUGAGAAGUAGGUUAUAUCAGGCCUCUGAACGCACCAUGCAGUCUACUGAGAAGUAGGUUAUAUCAGGCCUCUGAACGCACCAUGCAGUCUACUGAGAAGUAGGUUAUAUCAGGCCUCUGAACGCACCAUGCAGUCUAUUGAGAAGUAGGUUAUAUCAGGCCUCUGAAUGCACCAUGCAGUCUAUUGAGAAGUAGGUUAUAUCAGGCCUCUGAACGCACCAUGCAGUCUAUUGAGAAGUAGGUUAUAUCAGGCCUCUGAACGCACCAUGCAGUCUACUGAGAAGUAGGUUAUAUCAGGCCUCUGAACGCACCAUGCAGUCUACUGAGAAGUAGGUUAUAUCAGGCCUCUGAACGCACCAUGCAGUCUAUUGAGAAGUAGGUUAUAUCAGGCCUCUGAACGCACCAUGCAGUCUACUGAGAAGUAGGUUAUAUCAGGCCUCUGAACGCACCAUGCAGUCUACUGAGAAGUAGGUUAUAUCAGGCCUCUGAAUGCACCAUGCAGUCUACUGAGAAGUAGGUUAUAUCAGGCCUCUGAACGCACCAUGCAGUCUAUUGAGAAGUAGGUUAUAUCAGGCCUCUGAACGCACCAUGCAGUCUACUGAGAAGUAGGUUAUAUCAGGCCUCUGAACGCACCAUGCAGUCUAUUGAGAAGUAGGUUAUAUCAGGCCUCUGAAUGCACCAUGCAGUCUAUUGAGAAGUAGGUUAUAUCAGGCCUCUGAACGCACCAUGCAGUCUACUGAGAAGUAGGUUAUAUCAGGCCUCUGAACGCACCAUGCAGUCUAUUGAGAAGUAGGUUAUAUCAGGCCUCUGAACGCACCAUGCAGUCUAUUGAGAAGUAGGUUAUAUCAGGCCUCUGAAUGCACCAUGCAGUCCCAUCCUGCUGCAGUAUGCUCCUACUGCGACCUUAACCCUCAUAUGUACCGCUACAAAAUCUAUAUACAGUGGGUUCCCAAAUGAUUGACACCCUGCAUAAAGAUGAGCAAUAAUGAUAAUUCAAAUACUGAACUAAAUUGUAUGUAACAAAACUGGGAAAUUAUAUUAUUUGAUAAAAAUACUUUUGCUCAGAGAAAAAUCCACCUCAAAAGGUUAGGGGUCAGAAUGAUUGAAAUGCCAAAGGGUUCUUAUAAAGAAGUCAAAAGUUUCAUAUUCGAUCCCAUAUUCCUACAGCACACAAUGACUACACCAAGCUUGUGACUCUGGUCCCAUAUACCUACAGCACACAAUGACUACACCAAGCUUGUGACUCUGGUCCCAUAUUCCUACAGCACACAAUGACUACACAAAGCUUGUGACUCUGGUCCCAUGUUCCUACAGCACACAAUGACUACACCAAGCUUGUGACUCUGGUCCCAUGUUCCUACAGCACACAAUGACUACACAAAGCUUGUGACUCUGGUCCCAUAUUCCUACAGCACACAAUGACUACACCAAGCUUGUGACUCUGGUCCCAUAUUCCUACAGCACACAAUGACUACACAAAGCUUGUGACUCUGGUCCCAUGUUCCUACAGCACACAAUGACUACACAAAGCUUGUGACUCUGGUCCCAUGUUCCUACAGCACACAAUGACUACACCAAGCUUGUGACUCUGGUCCCAUGUUCCUACAGCACACAAUGACUACACCAAGCUUGUGACUCUGGUCCCAUAUUCCUACAGCACACAAUGACUACACAAAGCUUGUGACUCUGGUCCCAUAUUCCUACAGCACACAAUGACUACACCAAGCUUGUGACUCUGGUCCCAUAUUCCUACAGCACACAAUGACUACACAAAGCUUGUGACUCUGGUCCCAUAUUCCUACAGCACACAAUGACUACACCAAGCUUGUGACUCUGGUCCCAUAUUCCUACAGCACACAAUGACUACACCAAGCUUGUGACUCUGGUCCCAUAUUCCUACAGCACACAAUGACUACACCAAGCUUGUGACUCUGGUCCCAUAUUCCUACAGCACACAAUGACUACACCAAGCUUGUGACUCUGGUCCCAUAUACCUACAGCACACAAUGACUACACCAAGCUUGUGACUCUGGUCCCAUAUUCCUACAGCACACAAUGACUACACCAAGCUUGUGACUCUGGUCCCAUAUUCCUACAGCACACAAUGACUACACAAAGCUUGUGACUCUGGUCCCAUAUUCCUACAGCACACAAUGACUACACCAAGCUUGUGACUCUGGUCCCAUGUUCCUACAGCACACAAUGACUACACAAAGCUUGUGACUCUGGUCCCAUGUUCCUACAGCACACAAUGACUACACCAAGCUUGUGACUCUGGUCCCAUAUUCCUACAGCACACAAUGACUACACCAAGCUUGUGACUCUGGUCCCAUGUUCCUACAGCACACAAUGACUACACAAAGCUUGUGACUCUAAAAACUUGUUGGAUGCAAAAACAAAACAUGUCAUUGUGUGCUGUAGGAAUAUGGGACCAAAUAAACAUUUGACUGACUUUAUUUCUAAGAAUCUUUAGGGUGUCAAUUUUGACAUUCCUUUCUGAGAAAAAUAAGUAUUACUUGUUAAACAAUCUUUCACUGAGCAACUGUAUUAGUAUAAAUCAAUCGUUUCCCCCCUUUAAAAAAAAUACAAUAUAGCUCAGUAUUUGAAUUAUUUCAUACAAUCAUUAUUGCUCAUCUUUAUGGAGGGUGUCAAUCAUUAAGACCCCACUGUAUAAUUACUGCACUUUUCUUUUACUGUAUGCUGUACAUAGACUGACAAUGCAAAAAUCAAUGCCCAUAUUUUUUUUCUUACAAUAUCAUUCAGUAUUGUAAUAUAUUUAAUAUAAAAUAAAACUUUCA